AUGGGUGACAUCAGAGAAGAAGUCAAACCAAAAUCGGUGAUUAAUUUUUCAGCAGGACCAGCAAAAUUACCAGAAGCGGUCCUGGCAUAUGCACAAAAGGAACUGUUGGACCAUGAAGGUUCAGGGGUCAGUGUUAUGGAAAUGAGCCACAGAUCUUCAGAGUUCAGCAAAAUUUUGAAUAAUGCAGAGAAAUCUCUUAGAGAGUUAAUAAAUGUCCCAGACAACUACAAGAUCUUGUUCCUUCAAGGUGGUGGCAGUGGUCAGUUCUCAGCCAUACCUCUCAAUCUCUUGGCUUUGAAAUCAGGUCACAGUGCUGAUUACAUUGUCACUGGCAGCUGGUCAGCCAAGGCUGCCCAAGAAGCUGAGAAAUAUGGGACUGUCAACUAUGUUGUACCAAAGAAAAAGAAAUAUACAUCAAUAGAAGAUCACUCAACAUGGAAAUUGAACCCUGAUGCAUCAUAUGUGUAUUACUGUGCAAAUGAGACCAUUGAUGGUGUUGAGUUCCAGUUUGUACCCCAGACCAAUGGUGUUCCUCUUGUUUGUGAUAUGUCAUCCAACUUUCUCUCUCGACACAUAGAUGUCACCAAGUUUGGUGUGAUAUUUGCUGGAGCACAGAAAAACAUUGGUUGUGCUGGUGUCACUGCAGUUAUUAUUCGUGAAGAUCUGAUUGGAUUUGCCAUGAAAGUCUGUCCAGUGAUCUUUGACUUCAAGAUACAGGCAGGGAACAAUUCACUUUACAACACACCCCCCACUUACAGUAUUUACAUUAUGGGACUUGUAUUCAACUGGAUUCAGGAACAAGGUGGUGUGGAUAAAAUGGAACAGAAUGCAGUUCAAAAGUCUGGACUAAUUUAUGAUUUGAUAGACAACUCUGAGGGAUUCUACAAUUGUCCAUUGGAUAGAGAUUGCCGCAGCAGAAUGAAUAUUCCUAUCAGAAUUGGCUCUGAAGCUGGAGAUGAAGCUCUGGAGAAAGAAUUUGCGAAAGAGUCAACUGAGAAAGGCUUUCUUCAACUGAAGGGUCACAGGUCAGUGGGUGGGAUUAGAGUUUCGCUGUACAACGCUGUGACAGUGGAGGAAACCAGGCGGUUAGUCACAUUCAUGAUAGACUUCCAGGAAAGGCACAGGCAGCAUGUAUAA